UCACCACAACUCACAAUCAUUAAUCCAUUAAUUGUAGACAGAAGCAAAUAUAUACAUAUAGGCAUGCCAAAGUCUUACACAACAUUUGUUGCCCUUCUUUUCUGCUUCCUCCUCAUUGCAUCAACUGAGGUAGAAGUGGGUGAAGCUAAGGUGUGCCAGAAGCGCAGCAAGACAUGGACGGGUCCGUGCAUCGUUACCGGCAACUGUAGCCGGCAGUGCAAGAAGAUCGAAGGCGCCACAUUCGGGGCGUGUCACAGGAGCGGUUUUGGAUUUGCUUGCUUCUGCUAUUUCAAGUGCUAAUCUAGCUCAUCAAUUCAUCCAAUAUGCAUGCAUGCAUGCUUCUUAAUCAAUGUUCUUUUAAUUUCCAAUAAUAUAUCCUGCUAAGAGUUAUUGUGAG